UGCAGGCGAGAAGAGAGCAACAAGAUAACAUGGAUAGCAGAGCAAGAAGCAUGGAGGGUGGAAUAUUGUGCUGCUAGGGAGCAUUGAAAAGGAAAGGGGUGACACCCAGGAUUUACAUAAAGCCAGCGGCUCAGGUUUUCAGGAUUACUAGCUCUUUCCUUCUCUACAUGCUGGGCAAGAAUCCAGAUGGGAAAACGGGUCGGCUGCAUUGGUUGGGCCUCACUUAUGUUGCACCAGUGAUGGCUUGCUACUCCGAGCAGAAGCAGAGGAGUGAAUGAAUUGGGGCAUGAGCACAGGGGGGCCACACCCUGUAUCCGGCAGCCAUGCUCCUCCGAGGACUGCGGCUCUAUGGGAAGUGGUGCCGUUUUUCCAGUCCCAUUACUCAGCUCCUUACCUUAACUGUGGUGACAUUUGGCGUGUUGGCUCCCUUGAUUUGCCACCGGCUCCUCCACUCCUAUUUUUACUUACGCCACUGGCAUCUGAACCCCAUGAGCCAGGAGUUCCUGAAGCAGAACCAGGAGGAUGGCCAGACUGCCCUCCGUUACUUUGAGGACCUGCGGACUCCUAACUCCUCGGAGAUCUCAGGCGACAAGGCCCUCAGACCAUGGCUGCUCAUCACCAUCAUCACCGUGCAGAGGCGGAAUGAGUUCCACUACGUCCUGCAGGUGGCUUCCCGCUUCCACCGCCUCCUCCAGCAGUGUGGCCCUCACUGCCGGAGCCACCAGGUCUUUCUCUGUAACGUAGAGCAGGACCCGGGCAGCCACCAGGAUGCCAGGCUGUUGGGUAACUUCUUUGCAAUGGUCAGCCGCUACAAAAACUGGGAGGACCCCGAUGCCGCAGUGAACCAGUUUGAGAAGGAGAAGCGGGACUACGCCUUCUGCCUGGAGCAGUCGCUCUUGGCCUACAGUCCAGAGUACGUCCUUCUGGUGGAAGACGAUGCUGUUCCCGAAGAGGAGAUAUUCCCUGUCCUGCAGCACCUGCUGCUGGCACGGCUCUCAAAGCCACACCUUAAAGAUGCCCUCUACCUGAAGUUGUACCAUCCCGAGCGACUUCAGCGCUAUAUCAACCCGGAGCCCAUGAGGAUCCUGGAGUGGCUCGGCCUGGGCAUGUUUCUGGGCCCCCUGCUGAGCUUUCUGUACUCCUGGGUGUCUGGCCGCCCAAGCCUUACCUGGCCCAUUGUCCUGUUCUUUGCCUUGUACAGCAUGGCACUAGCAGAGCUGGUGGGUCGCCACUACCUGCUGGAGCUGCGCCGGCUGGCCCCUGUGCUCUACAACGUGGUGCCGGUCACCGAGUGCUGCACGCCCGCCAUGCUGUUCUCCGCCCCUUCCGCCCGCCGUGUCUUGGGUUACCUUCAGGAGCUGCACUGCCGUCGGGGCUUUGCCAAGGACACUGCACUCUACUCCCUGUUGCGCACCAAGGGUGAGAGGGCCUACGUGGUGGAGCCCAAUCUGGUCAGGCACGUGGGGAUGUUUUCCAGCCUCAGGCCAAAUGACAGCCCUAAGCUACUGUGACCCACCGAGAAAUGCCUUUAUGGAAAGACUGGGAGCCAAGGGAGCCUUGUCCUUGGACAGACCUAUCAGGUGUGACUCCAGAUGUCAUGCCACUUGCAACUGUGCUCAGAACUACCAGCGCCACCUAGUGGAGGGAAAGGAACUUUUAAAAAAAAGUUUACUUAAACCUAUAGCUACAUUUAUUUUAUAAUGAAGAAGUGAAAGGAGGGUGGAGGUUUUCAGGGAAGGGGAAGGUUUGCUACUAUCCUUAGUCAUUUUGGGGGGGAGACCCCAAUAUAUACACACACACACACAGGCCAUUUGCACGUGAAUGUGCCUCCUACAGCAGUAUCCAACACAACCAGUCUCUGGUAUCACAGACCCGAGACAGUUUGGCUGUAUCAGCUGAUGUUUGAGAUCUCCUUUGUCUUUUUAGCUGCCCCAUGCACCUCCCCCACCCCUCAUCCUUCCUCACCUACAAUGGCCCUGUCUCAAUUCCCUCCAUGCUAGUCAAUGCCACUCCUGUGGUCACAUAUGUCCUAGUCUCAAGGUCCUGGAAAUGCUAGCCAGGGUGAGUGCAUCAGGCACAAGCUGACCUAGGAGGAAAUAUGGAGCUGGAGAAUAGCCCUUGUUUCCCCCAACCUUCUCCAUAUCUUACCCCGAUGAUCUGUUCAUCUCCUCAAAUAAAAACAUGAAGAGACCUUUACAAGAGGCACGAUGCAUAUAAUGAGCUCCUUACCCCACAUUCUGCACAUGGUUCUGCGAACAUGUUUCAUGCUGCUUCAGCACCUCCAGAUCUUCUCCUUUGUGGGUGUCAUAGAAAUUCCUGUCCGUUCCAGCUGAAGAAUAAGGAGAGGCGGACACAGUUAAUCAAGCAAGGAGCCCCAGGAGGGGCGAUCCGUUUAUUUCAAUUGCAAUUGGGUUCGAGCUCAUAAGUCAGCAAG